AUGAUGACACCCGUGGAGAUCAUUGGGCUUGUCAGCGCAGUCAUCACAUUCAUCGACUUCGCUGCCGAGAAUAUUGCGAUCGCUCAAGAGAUUGGCAAGUCUGGCACUGCUGCCAAAACAGAGAAUGCUGAGUUGGAGAAGCGCGUCGGUCUGCUUCAAAAGCAGAUUGACAAUGUGCGGCAGAGCACGAAUGGGUCGAAGAACGACAUCCACGUAGUUGAACUGUUGAACCUUGCGGACGAGUACCACGACCUUACGACCAAGCUGCUCACCCUGCUGAGUGAGCUGAAGUCAACCAAGAAACGUCACGUGGUCUGGAAGUCGGUCAAGAAUUUGUACAAGAAGAACGAAAAGGAGGGUCUGCAAAAGGAUCUAGAAUACUGCCUGAGGAGAAUACAGCUUCAACUGAUGCAAGUGACGAGAUGGAAGAGUUGA